AUGGAUGAGUCAAAAGCGAUGGGUUUUGAUGGAAAUAGUCCGUUUGUUUUAAAGCAUGUUGCAAAAGGUUUUGCGGACCCAAUUGUUCAUAUUUUCAAAUUAAGCUUUGACACUGGAUGUGGCUUUUACCACUGGUUUGUUGCAAAUAUAUCACCAAUUUACAAAGGGGGAUCAAAUCUUGAACCAGAAAACUACAGAGCAGUAUCCCUAACAUCUGUUAUUUGUAAAAUGUUCGAAAAGCUCAUUCGGGACACAGUUCUGCAACAUUUAGUUUCAAAUAGACUUACAUGUGAGGAGCAAACUAGUUUUGUUCCAAACAAAUCAUGCACAACAAAUCUUAUUGAGAAAAUUAACACAAUUACAUUUGAAACUGCAAAAAGUACCGUUUUGCGUCAUAUAUCUUGA